CGACUAUCGACACACCAGCUGUAAUCUUAUUAUCUCUAUGUAUUGUUUAAAAUUUUGCAUUUUUAGCAUAAUUGUAUAUAGUUAAUAUUAUAAUACGUGAAAAAUAAUGCGCGCCUUUUUCACGGAUCCAACACAUAAUAGUGGAGCUCUACUUGCGUUUUGCUCGCAUCGGGUUUGAGUGCUUUUUGCCCAUAUUUGGUCUAUUUUGAUAGUUAAACAAUAACAAAUCUCAUUGCUGACUAAGCGGCGAAAGUGGAGUGCAGCAAAGUCCAUCGACAAUCACCAGACAAUUAUAGGUAAGGUAAGAGUGCGAAAUGGAUACAACAAUGGUGCCGAGGUCGUCUACCCGUAUGAUGCCACCGGAGGAACUGGCAAUGCAAUCGCUCACCAAACAAAUUUUCAAGUCGAGACUUUUUCGCGGCUACUACCUGGGACGCUGUUUCGUGGAGCAGAUCGGGGAUUAUCGAGAUGUUAUUGCCCUACAACGCAGCGAACGGGAGCUGGAGAAACUCCUGCUCACCAGUGCAGGCCAACUGCAGAUGUUCUACCAGCGAUUUGUGCCCAAUAUGUGGGUGGGCAUAUCAAAUGGUAGCCUGGGAAACUACAAGCACACACCACAUCAUGGCCAGCUAGAGACUUGUAUUUGGGCGGAGAUGGAUGACUUGGCCUUCGGUGAAUAUUGGUUUAGCAUAAAAACCCUGCGAUUUCGGGACCAGGAAGUGCUGCUAAAGCUUAAAACUGUUCGACCCGUUGAACCAGAGUCCCAGGCGACGCCAAGAAGAUCCAUCUCUAUUAACAGGAGCACGGCAAGCAAUGCCAUAAAAUCAGCAAGCGAGAGUGUGGCCGCAGAGAGCGAGGUGACCGAUCAGUCCCCUCAAGUGGGAUUGUCCGACUUCUUGGACGUGCUGCGGCAGUGGGGUGAAGGCAUCAAGCAGACCACCUACGAUUUUAUGGCCAACGAUGUGAACAAACACAACAUCAUGGGCACCAUACGCUUCCUGGGUCUGCUUCUCUUCUCAAUAGGGGGCGGAGCAAUUGCAGCCUUGCGGUUCUUGGGAAUCUUUUCCGUAAGAUUCCUCUUCGAGCUAAGCCGGCUAACACACACCCUCACGCCCAUUCUGUUCCGAAUCCUAGAGUUUUUGAACAAGAUUGUGGGUGCCUUUUUCAUAUUGCUAACCAUGAUAUGGAAGGACAUCAUAAACCGUGGUCAGCCGCCAGCCCCCAAGCAGCCGCUAGAAGGAAGUUCCCGCUUCAAGAGCAUCACCUACGAGCGUAGCGAGAGACGGCGCUGGCAAUGAUCCUCCAGUCGAUAGCACAAGUGGAAUGGUGGAAUGUCUUGUAUUUAGUGUAAUAUUUUAGGUGGAAGAGAUUCAAAUUGCAAUUGUGUUACUAGAGUUAAGCAACCUGGAAGCCCCACACUCAGAUCGAACCGAUUAAGUAGAAAAUUUAUUUCAGAUUUUAAGCCAAAAUGCAAUAUGUUAAAUUAUUCGAGAAACUUGUUAAAUUUUAACCCGUUUAGUGUCUAGUCUUCGUCUAUUUAUGUAUUGAAUUGAAAACUUUUUGUAUAUUAAAUGCACCAUGAAUGAAACAAA